UAUCUAGUAUACAUAUGUAUAUAGUAUAUAUUCAUUCUAUUGCAUAUAUUACGAACUUAUGUAGAUAAGUAGGCAUUGGAAUUAGCGUUUCAUCCACUAUUUGAAUACAAUUAAAAUACCAAAGACAGGCUGGAUGAGCGGAUUGCCCUUGAGGAUGGCUCCCAGUACAUUCUUUGUUUUAAUAUGGCGCAUCACCCUGCAAAUAAUGUAUCCAUACGGAUACAUGGACUGUUCGCUGCAGGACGCAUUGGAUAAUGAGUAUCUGGUAUGGAACAAGGGCGAUGACCGGGAAAAUCAGAUGAUGCUAUUAAGGGACACCAUUCAAACCUCACUCCUGCUCGUGCUAAUGAUAGAGCUGAUGCUGACGUUCAAUAUUCCGUUUCCGAUAGACAUAGGCGCCGAAAUAUAGUCUCGGAUCUGAACUCUGUUCCCGUUUAUUACUAUAGAAGCUAUAUAGCUCCAGUACGUUUAUUGCCCCAUCAAAACAAGAGUGCUCAAAUAAUUUCGUCUUGGUGUAGGACCGCCAUUGUGCCAACGUUCGUCGACUUUGUCGUUGUCGUCGCUGCACAUUUAAUCAGUAAAUUUUAUUUUUAAAAAUGGUAUUAAACAAUAUUUGCCAUAGCAAAAUGUACGACGCUCGCAGUGCAAUAAACUUUUCAGCACUUGA